UUUUCCUCGCCUCCGCAUUUCGUUCGCUGCAGUGUGUCCAAGUUUCCCAACUCUCUCAAUGUGCGAUCUAAGACUAAGAUUCCUAUAGGUAUGUACUUUCAACCGAUGGCUCCGGUCCCAGCGGGGUGUCCCGAGGUCCCGGUGGUGAACUUUAAUGCUGUUGGGGUCAGCACCGUAGUGCGAUGCAGGAAAUGCCGAUCAUACAUAAACCCGUUCGUGAUCUGGACUGAGAACGGUCGCAAGUGGCAGUGCAACAUGUGUGGUUAUGUUGGGGACACUCCUCAGACGUACUACUGCCACCUGGAUGACACCAUGCGACGGGCUGAUCGAUAUGAGAGGCCGGAGCUCGUCAAUGGCACAAUUGACUUUAUAGCUCCUGCAGAAUACAUG